AUGGACUUUGAAUACUCUCCCCACCGUUCAGCUGGAGGAACCCUUCAUCUGCUUUCGCCGACGCACCCUCAAUACUCCAUCGACGCGUUUCCGUCCAUCAAGCAAAUCCGCCGCUCUUUGUCGCGUUCUCCCUCGAAGCCGUCGCGUUACCAUCUGGUCUCCAGGUCUCCCAAGAAGUCCCCUCCACGCUCCAGUCUAUCGCGUGCGUUGAGUGCGAACACUGGUGCCGAUUCUUCUCUCAAGAACAAGUUAUUGCUACGACGAAACGCGCCUGUUCGCGCGAAUGCGCGCAAGGAAACGCCGCACACUUUGAGACGCGCCUUGAGUGACGCCAGCAGCCAAGCAAACACCGUAACUAUGGAACUUACUCAACAACCUACUCCUGGCGACCAGGAGAACUCAUACCUAACGUCGCCCACUUCAAGGCACCUGGAUGUUCCGCGGGAUGCCCGCUUCGAAGUCGAUGACGAGCCCAUCAAAUUCGACUUCCUCAAAGGCCGCAACAGCUUGUCUCUGGCCAUGAAUGGAACGCCGGCAAAGUCCAGUCCUCUCAAACGCAGCGAUGGUGUUAUGAACCUCGACCAGGUCAACCUUGGUAGUCCCAGAGCCAAGCGACGCAGCUUGCACAGCGCCUCCCUCGGCAUUGACUUUGACGUCUUCGAGCAGGCCUUUGAAAGUGCCAACAACGGUUUCAGCGACGACGAGCCUACGCCCGUGUCCCCUGUGCGUCAACGAUCUCCCCAGCGCUCCAAGCCUUUCAGCCUCAGAAGGUCUACUCUCCAGCAACGAGCGGUUGGUACACCUCGUGCCAGACCCUACUCAGAUCUGAGCGAGUCUCCUAGCGGUCACUCGAAGGCACGCGCUAGAAUGUCGCUUGACGGCUCGCUGCCUCUUCGUGGUCUGGAGCACUCCAUCCAUCUCCCACCUCCAGAGCAAAAAGUUAUUUCCCGCUCAGCACCAAAACCUCACCCCCUCUCUAAAGCAUUGAGCCCCUCAUCUUCGGCAUCAAGUCUCGGCGAAGAUACGCCACGCCUUUCGCCCAAAAAGCCACAAUUCUCUAGACCGUACCCCGGCUUUUCCAAGAGUCUACCCAUCGGUGCGCUCAGACCUAAGCCGCACACCGACUCGAGCGGCUCAAGCGAUUCGUUUGAGACGCCGGAAGCCUUCAAGAUGGCAAAGCCAUUGCCACAGGCUUUCAUGUCGACCGGCUUGAUCUCUAAGCGUAAUCGAAAUGUCGACCUCCCUCAGUCUUCAUUUGGUAGCAGCAUGAACAUGCCCGACACACCCUCGAAGAAGACUAUUCUACCUCACCUCGGUGGUGGCACUCCAGCCCCAGCAGCCAACUUUGGCAAGUUUUCUCGCCCUCUGCACGAAUUUGGAUCGCCAACAACCCCUUGGAGUCCACACCCCGUCCAAGCAUCUCCCGAGUCAUUCGGCAAAGGAGUGAACAUCUUCGGUCUAGGCUGCUCUUCUGGAAAGUCAAAUCGACGCAGCAGUUUCCUUAGCAUCACCGACGAAGAUCUGAACAAGUCACCUCUCGGUCAUAUGGACGUUCAAGCUAGCGGUGACGAGAUGCCACCGACUCCGACAAAAGCCGCUUCUUCUGGAUCCACAACCAUUCGACCAACAUCCAAGGGCAAGGGAAACAGCCUGCGAAGCUCCUUGUUUGGACGCAGAUCGUCGAUUGCACCUGACACUUUCGACCGUCCAAAAUUCGAGGAUCAACAGCCAGCAAAUGACUGUAAGUAUAUUUCUUCAACUACUCCUUCUUCGGAGUCCAAGAAAAGUGCGAGUUCGACCCCAUCUCUUACUAUCACACCAUGUGGCUCGCCAUCUUCUCCUUCUUUUGAACAAGCCAUGAGCCUUAGGCAGUCUCAUCGCAAAUCUUGCCCAUCUCCUCUUACUCUUCGGUGCCGGGAAUUUCCUUCUUUUUCUUCUUCUUCUACCUCAUCUGCAGGAGAUGCUGAAGCAAAGCAACUAUUAGCAGUCACGCCAUCUAGCCACUCGAGCUUUACGGACUCGAAUCUUCCUCCGAAGACUCCUCAGGAGAGCUUCACCCCGCCGGAUCCUAGUGGUCUGUCCAUCUCUGGCGAGCACCGUGGGCCGGUCUUGUUCGGCAUGAGCGGCCUCCAAAGCUCAAACAGUUUCCCACCUGCUACUCCGACCGGACCAAGAGAUUCUGGAAUGAACUUCGGUGGAAGUAUCAGACCCGGUGCUUUUGGAGCAUCUGUUUCAGGCUUCUUUGCGAACGACGUUGACACAGCACUCACAUCUCGAUUCGAGAGUGUUCAGGCAGUCGGUAUUGGAGAGUUUUCCCAGGUUUACCGCGUCUCAAAACCUGUCGUUGGCAGUCCGGCUGCUCGCCACGAAUUCACACGCAAGCUUGGAAAUGUCUGGGCUGUCAAAAAGUCAAAGAAGCCGUAUCUUGGUGUCAAGGACAGAGAAAACAAGAUGAGAGAAGUCCAUGUUCUCCAAGCCCUUCGUGGUAACGAACACAUUCUCGAUCUCUGCGAUUCGUGGGAGUCAAAGAACCACCUCUAUAUUCAGACCGAGUUCUGCGAGAACGGCAACCUCAAGGACUUCCUUACGCAAACUGGCUUCAAAGGUCGAUUGGAUGAUUUCCGCAUCUGGAAGAUCUUGCUCGAGAUGUCUCAGGGUGUCAAGUGCAUUCAUGAUGCUGGAUUUAUCCACCUCGAUCUCAAGCCAGCCAACGUGUUGAUUGACUGGGAAGGAGUACUGAAGAUUGCAGACUUUGGUAUGGCCACAACAUGGCCUGCGCCCAAACACAUUGAGGGAGAGGGUGACCGCGAGUACAUUGGUCCCGAGGUACUUUCUGGCAAGUUCGACAAGCCCGCCGACAUCUUCUCUCUUGGCAUGAUUAUGCUUGAGAUUGCCGGAAACAUUGUUCUUCCCGACAAUGGUCUUCACUGGCAAAGGCUGCGUAGCGGCGACCUCAGCGAUGUGCCUAGCCUUACCUGGAGUUCCGAUAACAGCCUUCCUAGAUACGAGUCUGGCGAGCCCAUGGUCGACGAUAAUGAGGAGACCCUUCGAUUUGAUGACGACAUGGAUAUGGGCAACCAACCCGCCGUUACCGGUCAUAGAAGAAGAGAGCUGGCUCAGCCACCCAACUUUAUGAUUGACCCCAACGACAGCGAGGCACUGGACAAGAUCGUUGAGUGGAUGAUCUGCCCGUCUCCAGAACAGAGACCUGUGAUCGACGAACUUCUCAGCUGUGGUGGAGUCCAAUGGGUCGAACAGAGGAGACGCGCAGGUGCUACAGUUUACGAGGGUAACUGGGGACCAGCAGACGAUGUUCUCAACGCUGGUCAUGACAUCGACAUGGUCGACAUCUAA